UCUGCUAUCCAAUAGUUAUCAUCAUCAAACAUCGUCAUGCAGGAAGAAGACAAAAAACGUACAACUUUCGUGAAUCCUGUAUGGCACAGUGCGUCCGGGCCAUAUGAUGGAUCGCGGUGGCGCCAAAUCGUACAGUUCGCCAAGUUCUUGCGGUGUCAUGAGCAUGUCCCCCUGGAACAUCAUCCCGCCGCCGUCGAACCUUGGAACUUCGUCAAGCAUCUGCCUAAACUCACGACGAAGCAACUGUGACUAUAUGAGGGGCGUGCAGACGACGGACAGAUGGAGAGGACAGCAGGAAAGAGUGGGGACAAGGUGUUCUAUUAUGCAUCCUCUGCCGACUUCAAAGGGAACUGGUGCCGACAUAUAGGUCUUCAAAGUCUGCCUGAAAACCCAAGGAAAACCUCAGACAACACAACCGAAGCCAUUAUCCCAGGCUCUUAACCGUUUUAGGAAACGUGGAACGUCUCUAGCAGGACAAGACGGGCGUACUAACUUCCGGAACCGUCCUCCCUUCCCCACUUCAGCUCGCAAAGUCGUUUGGGGUUGUCGACACUUCGCUCCGUUUCGCUUCUGCAGUCACCAAUGUUUUCCUUCAAUGCGUGUCGUUUGAUGCGAGUCCAGUGACGUAUGGUAUCUGCUCACUGAAGAGUCGGGGUCCAGUGCGCGCAUUUGGCGUCCUUCGAACAGUGACCUCUGCGACGUCUUCGACCUGGGACUGCUGAUAUUUCCAGAGACGGAACGAAGCCUUGGAUUUGCUGCAGUGCAGUGUUGUUCCUUACCUGCGAGGUCGGUUCGGUGAUUUUGGUGUCAAUGUAAAGGCGGGAAGCUGCGGUGCAACUGUUGGGAGAUGAGUGUCGCCGCUUGUAAGAAAGGACCCUUGGUUGGCGAAGAUCACGCAAUGCCAGGCAAGAGGAAGGUACCGUCGUGCUUCAAGCAUCAAGGUAUUCCCAUACCAAAGAUCAUUCCACCCCAGUCUAUAGAGUCGGCGACGAAGUACCGCCCGUCACACGAAGACGUUUUCAUCGUCACUUACCCCAAGUGUGGAACAACUUGGAUACGUUACAUUAUCUACCUCAUCCAACAUCAAGGCGUGCCUCCCACAAGUCCUAAGCAGUUCUUCGAACACAGUUCUUUCAUCGACUUGCUCGGCGUUAACUGCGUGGAUAAAUUAAAACGACCCGGCGCUUUUGUAACCCAUCUCCCCUUCUGUCUUGUGCCCUACUGUCCCUAUUCAAAAUACGUUGUCGUCAUCAAAAAUCCGAGAGACGUGAUAGUCACUCUUCACUACCAGUGGCAUGCAUACCUCGAGUACGACUAUCGUGGAACGUUCAAAGAGUCGCUUCGAUGUUUCCUCAACGGCGAUGGCGAUUACGGCGAUUACUUUGAGUUCUGUAAACGCUGGUAUGAACGCAGAGAUGACGACAAUGUCCUGUUCAUCGUCUAUGAAGACCUGAAGAGAUGCCCAGAGAGGGAGGUUAUCAGGGUCGCCACGUUUUUAGACGAAAAGUACCGAGACUCUCUGCUAAGUUGCAAUGGGGAGAUUCUCCAGAAGAUCGUUAAGUUCGGUACGGAGGAACACGCAAAGAACGCAACGUUGUACAAUGAUUUCGUGCACGCGGAGCUGGAGUCGGUUCCCGUGAAGGGGCUUCGAGCAUUGACGUCAACGCUGAAAAAGAAAAAGCUCUUUAAUAAGGUGAACAAUGCUAGAAGAUACGUCGAAGGGGACUGGAAAGACCAUUCUUCGGAGCUGCAUAUUCAAAUGCUAAAUGAGCGACUUCGCACGGAAUUUGGCAAAAGGCAACUCUCAAAGUGGUGGCCUGAGGAGGACUUUAUGUCUUGAACUGCGUUUUUAGUCAUCGGCUCACAAUUCAUUAUGUACAGCAAGGUGAAUUUUCAUUCGUUGUGGAGUACUACAGAAAGCGAAUGCGAUGGGAAGUAGCAAC